AGCAUAUUCUCCUCCCUGACUACAUGACCGGUAUAUAAAGCAUCAGUGAGAGGCAGUCUCAAACAGAACGGAGAAACGACUGCACUGACACACAGAAGAGCCUGAAAAAAACCAAAUCUGGCUUAAUCCUUAAUUCCUGCUUAAUCAUGAUGAAGACCAUCAAUCUCCCCACAGGACCCUUUCGGAAGAAAAGUAAAGGUGAAGCAGAGGCUCACAACGGUGAUGCUGUAUGCACUACCAUGACUAAAGAGCAAUCUGAGGAGAAAUGCAAAAAUAAGCUAAAAAUUCUAGGCAUAUUGAAAAAAACUAAUACUAAAAACCACCAAAAAGCAGCCACGGACACUCCAGAUAUCCCAGUAAUCUUGGAUUUCAACCAGAAUCUAGCACAGAAUCAUUUGGCAGAAGCUAGCCAGCAACUUUUAGCACGGGAAGAUCACCUCUUCAGACCACAAUCAUCAGAUGAGGAAGUGAUUUGCACUGAGGAUGAAAAGGACAGUUUGAAUAAGGACUAUGAAACUUUGAUGUUUCAUCUAAGGAUGGCUGUCAAUGAGUCCUUUAACCAGGAGAAUCAAGAGAGACUGAGCAGUGCUAUAAAGGCUAUAUGUCAGCAGGAGGAAAAAGACAGGCACUGGGAGGAAGCAGCAGAAGAGAAGCGUCCAUGUUGGAGGCCCCUAAAAUGCAGAGAGAUCCAUGAUAUGUUGCUCAAGAACGUAGUAGACAUACGGCUGCAGCAAGAACACGAAGAAGAGAAUGGGGCAGACAAGCUAUCCACCUCCGUGAAGAGAAAGGUGUGUCGGAUAGGCAAGCGCAUUCAAAAGGACCUGCUCCAAGUUGUCAGAGAUGUGCAGCAAUGUUACACACCAGAGUUUGACAUUUGCAACAUGUAUGCUCAGCUCUACCAUCAAGCUUUCUCCUCAAAACUGAUGGAGCAUGCUCGAACCAACAUUGAAUUUCAAGAUUGCAUCUACAUCCUAGGUUGGAUUCAUGUUUAUUAUCCAAAGAAUAUUUUGCACCAGGAUGAACUGAAGCCACACAUCAACACUGAAUCAUUGGGAGCUUUGUUACUUGAGGAAGAUCGUAAGUCACUGGAGGAGCAGUAUCUGUCACACAAAGAGGUGGAGGUCAGGACAUGGUUGUCCAAUGCUCUUAAAAAAGAGGAGGAAAUUUGGCAGACAAGUAACAAACCUGAGCUCAUCGAUGGGUGCUACUUCUCCAAUCUUGCUUUGGAUGUUAUACCUAUUAUUAACGGAGCCAUGAAUGAAACUGUGAGUAUUCUGGGUAGCAGAGAUAAUGCUCAGAGAAUUCUGCUUCAGCUGGACAGCUUCCUAAUGAGCUAUAAGAAAUCCAUAGCUGAUCUUAUCAAAGGAAAGCACAUCAAUAUCCCCGACACCCUGAAAGCCAAUCUGUUUAACAUCAAGGAGUUACGGGAGUAUGUAGAGAAACUCGAGGAUCUCUCGGAUGAAGUGAAAGAAAGGUUGCUGUCCAUUCUAUCAGAGAUGAGAAACUCCUGUCACAGUUAUUUCCUCAGCCCCAUACACAAGGAACUCAAGGUGCAGUAUUGUAAGCUGUGGACUCCCUCCUGGUUUUCAGAAAAUCUUACGAUUACUGAAGGUCUACUAAGGCUUCUCGAGGAGAUGGUUCAGCAUUUCUCAGACAUACACUCUGCCUGCAAGAAGGAGUUGUUGAAUCAGCUGCAUUCUGAGGUGAUGAUUGAAUAUGUCAAGAGGAUGUUAAAGGGGAAACUGAAACUAAAAGACAAGAACGACCAGGAGGCAGCUGCACGCUUUAUGUGUGAGGACAAUGCAAGAAUAAAUUCACUGUUCAUCACAAUUGGAUCUGAUGAGAAAUGGCUUUCCCUGAUUUUACCCAAAGUGUCAGAAGUGGUGAGGCUGCAGGACGCAGGAGCACUUCAGCUUGAGAUAGUUACGCUGGCCAGAACCUACCCUGACAUCAGUGAAUGCCAAGUUCUUGCUCUCCUGGACUUGAAGGCAAACCUCUCCAAACCAGAUGUGCGCAGCAUAAAAAAGAGCCUGAACGAGAAUAGGGAUUCACCGAAUGCUGAGCCCACAACAGCUUUCUUCAGUAAUGUGCCUGUAAAAAAGAACUUCAAGACUGUGUUUUAUCAGUGAAGCGUAAUCACUUCACUGUAGCUGAAGAGAACCAUUUAGAAGUUGCUCAUACAAAGCAGUGUUAUUGCUCAUUAUCAACUAUUAAACCUGCUAUAAUAUAGAGGUUAUUUGUACAUGCUAGCCUCACUAGCCUAGUUAUAGAUCACAUAUUGAAAAGGGACAUUUUUAGAGACACAAGAAUACAAUCAUAUAAUAUUUCAUGUCUGCUGUUAUGUAAGAAACUGUCCAUAGUGACUUUUCAAUUUCCUAUUCUACUCCUAAUUAUCCUAUUCUGUCAUGCUGGGAGUGGUCACCUGUGAAUGGUUUGAUGAGGAUGAAAAUGAGGAAAGUCAUUUGCCUUCACAGUCAACAAAUAGCAGCCCAACAGAAUGAGCCUAUGGGUAACCUCUAUCCAGACAUUCUUUAUGCAUUUAGUGUUUUUAAUGCACUGUGUGUGUUAUUUGUGUAUUCCCAGUAUUCAUUUUUUGUUUGAGGAAACCAACGCAGAUAGACUGCAUCAUGCUUGAUUUGUACAGUACCUUUGUUAUAAGUAAUCGGUCCAAAAGUUCAUUUGUUUGAUGUAUGCAUUUAUGUAUGUAAAGUUUCCUUCCCUUUACAUUUUACAAUGUGUUGUAUGUUUUAUAUAAACAUGAAAGUCUAUUUCCUUGUUCUAGUACUUUGUAUUCUUUUAUUUAGUAAAUGUAUUACUGGAUAUUAAAAGUAUGUGAUGGUCAUGA